CCCAAAUUAUUCCAGAACAAUUAAUGAGUGCUAUAUUAAGCACAGGACAGAAAAAAGAAACACUGAGCAGCAUAUGUUCAACAAGCUUAGCGCUAUCUUAUCACACAAUUCACAAUAGUGUGCACAAGACGCUUUACAACCAUCGGGUGAACGAGCCCUUCCGAGUUGCCAGUGUUUCAACGACUCACCAUGGGAGAGGAUCGUUUGGUCGAAAUCUCGCGUAGCGAUUGGGAAGAGUGGCGCGAUCUGUACAAGCGAGACUGGCCCCGCCAUGAGAUAGCGUUCAAUUUGGUGCAAAAUUAUAUUAACUGGUCAAAGCACGACCGUAAAAUUAAGGACCUGGCACUGUACAGUCUCAAUGGCAGUUGGCGAGAGAAUGGAACGUUUGUCAUAAUCGAUCGUAUCGAUUUGUACAUGCACACGCUGGACGAGUCGUUGGAUACAUUGCGCCGUGCCCUAGAACUGGUCGACUGGGAUUACUACUACGUAGCCGUGAUGUGCGAGCAUGAAGCGUUAGUGCUCGAUACGUUUAAAAAGCUGAACGUGCGCGUUGGGAUUGGGCGUGCAAAUACGGUAUACUUCCUGCCGAAGGAGGAAGCCCUAAAAUUCAACGUGGCGGUACCGGCAGGUCUUCGGCUUGGCUCUCUCGAACCGGGACACGCUAAAAUUAUUACCGACCUGUGGCCCCAUCGUGAGAGAGGAUCGGAGUUUUCAAUCGAGCGGCUAGUGCGCUGGAACCCUUCGAUGGGUCUGUUCGAUGAGCAGGGCAAUCUGCUUGGAUGGUGUUUGUUCACGCAGCCCGGUGUGAUGGGAUCGCUCGGUGUGAUCGAACAGCGCAAAGGGUACGGCAAGCUCGUGGUGAUGGCGUUUGCUAAAAAGCUGGCCGAAAUGGGACGAAACCUGUACGCGAGCAUUCUAGUGGAAAACGAACCAUCGAAGGCACUGUUUGGUGGGCUGGGAUUUAAGCCCAUCAAAGAGACAAACUGGAUCCGUAACCGCGAGCGAAAGUUUGUCGAAUGGAGCGUCGAACCUUACUUGGCCGCGCUCGGUAUUUCAUAGAACCAGAAACGUUCGUUGUUAGAAUAAAUACGAAGCUCAAAUUAAAGGUUUGCAAAUUAA